AAGUGUCCUUUGACAUAGUGGGAGCAGUUUUUCAAGGAGACCAACAACUGUCUCGUGCCUCAUACUCUCUCCCACUCCCUUUUUUCUAACCCACUCCUCCUAUAUUUGCAACUGAUUCACCCAACUGUAUCAUGCUGCUUGUUCGUUGCUAAAACCUCUCCUUCUCUCUUUCCUCUAGCUCCUGCAGCAAAUGGAGUAGGUCCUCCUCAAACCAUUUUCAUGUUUUUCCUUGGAAAAAUCUCAAAAUUUGGUUUUCGGGCAUAGACAUGUUUGACAUCUUGUUCGGGUGGAGAAAAGCUUCGAAGUGCAAGCAGCUGAUCAAGCAGGUGCAGUGCCGGCUCAAGUUGCUGAAGAACAAGAGGGCAACUAUUGUGAGGCAAUUGCGAGAAGACGCAGCGGAGCUGAUCAAGAAUGGCUACGAAGACAAAGCCUUCAAUAGGGUUGAGCAGAUAAUCAAAGACGAAUGUAUUGUGGCACUGUAUGAACUGUUGGACAAUUUCUGUGAAUUCAUCCUCCUUCACCUUUCAUAUAUCCGAAGACGCAAGGACUGUCCAAAUGACAUAAAUGAAGCAGUUUCAAGUCUUAUAUAUGCUUCUGCUAGAUGUGGAGACCUUCCUGAGCUUAGAACAAUCCGAAAGCUCUUCGGAGAACGUUAUGGCCUGAAAUUUGCAAUGACUGCUCUUGAACUAUUCCCUGGGAACCUUGUGAACUGUCAGGUAAUAGAGAAACUGACGCUAAAGCCAGUAUCAGAUGAUAUGAAACAUAGAUUCGUGAAUGAAAUAGCAAGGAAUUACUGCAUCAAACCAGAGGUUUUAGCAAUUGAAUACUAUUCUGAUUGGCAACAGAAGGUGAAGGAAACUAGUGGACAUCUAGCACUGGAUUCAAAUGUUCGGACUUAUUACGAAAGAUCUGAAAUGCAAAUUUGCAAGGUGGAAGAGCUUCAGACAGAAGAUGUUCAUGAUUCCAAUAUAUCUUGUACUACUUCAGUACCUAGGCUAGCCCCGACUAUAUUAGACUCUCCACUGCAUGAUGAAAUACAGGACCUCUAUGCUGAAGUGGAUUCUCCAAGAGGUGGAGAAAUAGUGGUGUACAAUGAUGACAUUGAAGAGGUUCGGUCUUGCACAACAAGAGAUGGAGAUGACUUCCAAGACCAAAGAGCUUUCAAGUUCAAAGCUAGCGUCGCCAAAAAAGAGAAUCUUGAAAACAGUUUUGAUCAUAGUUAUGUGGCGACAUGGAGUGUGAAUUCAGGAUCAGGAGUCUCUAGGAGAAGUUUUAAGGGAAAUGAGAAAAGACCAAGGAAGAGAUCAGUGUCCCAGGAAAAUCAGUUUUUGAAGGAUAAUGAAUUUCCAAGUUACUAUGCAAGGAAGCAUCAGAAGAAAUUGGGACCUAACAUUUUGUCAUGCAAGUGCAGCCUGGUAAAACCAUGUUAUGUUUGCAAUGGGAAAGAGCAUGUCGAAUUUGAAGUUCCGACACUGAAGACAAAUAGAGGGAUUUCAACUAGGGUGGGAUUUGCUAAUCCGGGUCAUGAACAGAAAAGUUCGGUGUACAAUGCUUUCACUUACCCUGAUCACCAGCCAAAAACGCAACGCAAAGUGUUCAAAGGAACCAUAGAGGAAUCCGAUUUUCGACGCAAGCUUUCCUCUUCUAGUUCGUCUUCAUCAUCAUCUUCUCCACCCAUGACUAGUUCUUGGAUGAGAAAAGAAAUGGUACCUCCUUACUUCAGAAACGUGACAAUGCCACCGGAAAGAGUCAUGGACAAGCGGAAAGAAGAGUUCCAACGAUCCAUUUCAGACUGUUUUCAGUAUCCUACUCAUGUUCAUCCGAACCUGCCAGAUUACGAUGAUAUUGCAGCUAAAUUCAUGGCUCUCAAGAAAGAACGUCUGCAACCUAAGCCUCAUCGCAACAAUCAGCUUUAAACUGCACAAGGCAGUCUGCAUUUUAUGAAGAAUCCCUAGCAUUCACAUUCAUAUUGGAAGGCAGUCUCCAUUGUUCUAUAAUUCAACCUUAUUGUAUGUUUUUAUAUAUUAGUAACUUUGCUAGUUUGGGGAUUUUAGAUCAGAACUGAAACUUUAUAUUGCAGAAAAUGUUACAUUUCACUUUACUUAUC